ACAUGGCAGGCCACCAAUAUGGUUUAUCUGAAUUGUCAAAUGGGAUUUAUUCAAAAAUAAAUAAGAAGAGGAGAUACAUGUACCAGUAUCCUUCAAACUUAGAAUCAACUUCCCAAUUUGGAUUAUGGAUGAGCAUUAUGGCGUGUAUGGCACUAUAGAGUAUAGGAGUGGAGAACAUGAAAAAGUGUAUGUAGAGAUAAAAAUAUCUAUUAAGGUGGCAAAAAGUCAGAAAAGAUAAUUAAGCUUGGAGAAGAGAAGAGAAGAGAAGAGAGAGAAGUGGACAUGGAGCAUCUACCAUUGCAGGACCAUAUGCUACCUAAGAGAAUAAUACUGGUGAGGCAUGGAGAGAGCCAAGGCAACCUAGACGACACCGCCUACACCACCACCCCAGACAAUCAAAUCGCUCUCACCCCUCACGGCAUCGACCAAGCCCACCUCGUAGGCCAACGCAUCCGCCGCCUGCUCUCCGACGACGACCGCUCCCACAACUGGAAGGCCUACUUCUACGUAUCACCUUACCACCGUACUCGCUCCACCCUUAGCGAAAUCGGCAAGUCUUUCCCCAGAAACCGAAUCCUCGGUGUGAGGGAAGAAUGCAGAAUCAGAGAACAGGAUUUUGGGAAUUUCCAGGUAGAGGAGCGGAUGAAAGCCAUUAAACACACCCGUGAGCGCUUCGGCCGCUUCUUCUUCCGCUUUCCAGAUGGAGAAUCCGCCGCCGAUGUCUUCGAUCGCCUUUCCAGCUUCAUGGAGUCGUUGUGGAGGGAUAUAGACAUGAAAAGGCUUGAUCACCAUCACAAACUCGGUGAUGAGAUAAACCUGAUCAUCGUUUCACACGGAUUGACCAUUCGAGUGUUCUUGAUGAAGUGGUUCAAGUGGACGGUGGAGCAAUUCGAGCAUCUUAACAAUCCGGGUAACUGUGAAUUUAGGGUAAUUCAAUUGGGUUCAGGUGGAGAUUACAGCCUCGCCAUCCAUCACUCUGAGGAAGAACUCCUCCACUGGGGACUCUCCCCUGAGAUGGUCGCCGACCAGAGGUGGCGUGCCAAUGCCACUAAGGGGGAUUGGAACGAGAAAUGCUCAUGGUACCUCGACAGCUUCUUCGAUUAUCUACCUUCUUCCGAUUCCUCUUCUGACUCCGACAACAAUAACAAUAAGAAAGUUUCCUCACUACCACCAUGAGGAAAAGGAAAACAACUGGCAAUUCUUGUUCUUUUGUUACAUUGUUUAAUUCAUAGGAAACAUAUCUCAGCUGGGUUUGAUUGGGUUUAAAAGAAUCUAAACAGGUGAAGGGUACACUGUUCAUGGAGAUGAGAUACCAAGAGGAUGGAAAGAGAAAAAACGAAGCGGCAAUUAGACCUAAUAUUCUUCAGUGAUUUCCAUUUUUCUGAUAUCUAUAUAAAUCUUUGCUGUUUC